ACUACCCAACCAAACACAAGCAUUUAAUUAUUUUAUCAUUCAUAUAUAUAUAUUUUAAUUUAUUCCCAACAAACCUGAAAUACAUCCUUCAACAAACAUUUUCUUCCAUAACCCAAAGAAUAUAUUAUAUAAGGUAAAAAUAAAUAUUCAGAAAUCAACUCAUCAUCAGCAUCAGUUUCAUUCUCAAACACACCAGAUCUAAGCAAGGAAGAUCUUCGCUCUCCGAUUUCUGAGCAGGGAAAGAAUGGACACGAAAUGGUGGGUUUUAGUUAUGGUGAUGGCAAUAGUGAUGGUUAUGGUGGGCACUUCAAAUGGGGAUUCUUCGACUCCGACAUUGGUGAAGACGGUGAAGGGCAAGAAGGUGUGUGACAAAGGUUGGGAAUGCAAGGGUUGGUCCAUGUAUUGCUGCAAUCUCACCAUAUCAGAUUACUUCCAGACCUACCAUUUUGAGGAUCUAUUCUCGAAGAGGAAUUCACCGGUGGCCCAUGCCGUCGGCUUCUGGGACUACCGGUCUUUCAUCACUGCGGCUGCCAUUUAUCAGCCCCUCGGCUUCGGCACCACCGGUGGCAAGCUCAUGCAGAUGAAGGAGGUUGCCGCCUUCCUCGGCCAUGUUGGCAGCAAAACUUCCUGUGGUUAUGGAGUGGCCACAGGGGGGCCAUUGGCUUGGGGUCUAUGCUACAACAAAGAAAUGAGUCCCAGCCAAUCAUAUUGUGAUGACUACUACAAGUUCACCUACCCGUGCUCUCCUGGAGCUGAAUACUAUGGCCGCGGUGCUUUGCCUCUCUACUGGAACUACAACUACGGAGCAGCCGGGGAAGCCCUGAAGGUUGAUCUGUUAAACCAGCCCGAAUACAUAGAACAGAAUGCUACCCUGGCCUUCCAGGCUGCAAUCUGGAGAUGGAUGACCCCGAUCAAGAAGUCGCAGCCUUCAGCCCACAAUGUCUUUGUUGGCAACUGGAAGCCCACCAAGAACGACACUUUGGCCAAGCGGGUUCCUGGUUUCGGUACAACGAUGAAUAUCCUGUAUGGGGAUCUUGUUUGUGGCCAGGGUGAGAUCGACUCCAUGAACACCAUCAUAUCCCAUUACCUACAUUAUCUUGACUUGUUGGGCGUCGGUCGAGAACAGGCAGGACCCAAUGACAUACUCAGCUGCGCCGAGCAGAAAGCUUUCAACCCAUCCUCUCCCACCACAUCUUCUUCCUGAGGUUUAAAGUGCCACUUGCCAUCGUUGUCGACUGAUCCUCUCUAAAGUACCAUAAAUAAGAGAGGCAAGUAAAUGUUGCUGUGAGAUCACAUUUAUAUUUAGCUGUGUGAAGAAAAUUAGACUGAACAGUUACAAGUUGUGCAUUAUAUGUGUGCUGUUUGGUUGUCAUAUUUUAGACUCUUGCGUUUCAUUUUUGCGACUGAUGUAAUCUUUAUACAUGUAUGUGUUCCAACAAUUCUACAAUGAAAGAAAAUUGUAUUAGCUCUCA